AUGCCACUUCCCCUCGUCGCGCGCGCCCUGCUCUGCCUCGUCGUGCGCCUUGCCCUCCCGUCGUGCAUCCUACACUCCCGUCGCGCGCAAGUGCCAUGCCUCUGCCGCCGCGCAUGCGUUCUGUCUGCCGACGUUGCACGCAUGCACGCGCGCCUUGUUCGCGCACGACCUGCCGGCCGCCAUCACUCUCCCCACCGCCCAUUUUCUCCUUUCCACGGCCGCCCUCCCUUCCCCCCCUUUCGCCGGUAUUCUCCCCUCCCUUUGUGGUGCGCUGAACCCCUCCUCCCCCCUCCCCCACCCCCUUCUCCUGACUCUUUCGCACCACCUCCUCCCUCUCCGCUCAUCACAUCCGCCUCUUACACUCCUUCCCCUCUCUUCUCUCCUCCCUAUCCUUCGUGCUCCUCCUCCCUUCCUCCACCUCCUUCCUCUCCGCCUCUCCUGCAACUAGCUGAUGUCGUUGCCUGUCACUUGGUGAUCGUGCUCCUAUCUCCUCACAUUCCACUCCUUCACCCUCCUCCUCCUCUUACCUCUCUCCCUCCACUUCCCCUCACCUUCUCACCUCUUCCUCCACCUCUCUUCUCUCCCUAUCUGCUACAGCUGGUAUCCGACUGUGCAUUGUCGACAACCUUUCCUCCUCCUCUCAUUUCUCCCCUCAGCGGCGCAGUAUCAGACUACUCCAUUGUUGUCCCUCCUCCUCUUGUUUCUCCCCACAGAGGCGCAGCAGAAGAGUACUCCACCGUUGUCCCUCCUCCUCUUGUUUCUCCCCUCAGCGGCGCAGCAGCAUACUACAACACCGUUGUCCCUCCUCCUCUUGUUUCUCCCCUCAGCGGCGCACCAGCAGACUACUCCACCGUUGUCCCUCCUCCUCUUAUUUCUCCCCUCAGCGGCGCAGCAGCAGACUACUCCACCAUUAUCCCUCCUCCUCUUGUUUCUCCCCUCAGCGGCGCAGCAGCAGACUACUCCACCGUUGUCCCUCCUCCUCUUUUUUCUCCCCUCAGCGGCGCAUCAGUAGACUACUCCACCGUUAUUAUUCCUCCUCUUGUUUCUCCCCUCAAUUGCUCAGCAGCUGACUACUUCACCCCUAUUCCUCGUCAUGUGUCUCCCACCAAUGGCUCAGCAGCUGACUACCUUGCCCCUAUUCCUCCUCUUAUGUCUCCCCACAUCUGUUUCCAUCGCCGCUCUUCUGCCACUUUAACCUCUGGUAUUGGUUCUCUGGUCUCUCUCUUCAGUGUGACCAGAUAG